AUAGCAAGGGUCCGAGAGUCGAGUUGCCAUGGAAGAAAGCAAAAAUCACAUUUUUGUAAAUCCCUUUGACAACAAUAUACUCCAAACUUUUUUUUAUCUCUUUCAUCUUUAUUUCUUCGAACUUCAAACCCUUAAAUCUCUCCAUAUCUUGUUCAUAAUCUUUCUUUGUUUGUUCUUUUAGAUUCCACGUGUAUGUGAUAAUCACAGAUUUGCAUCUUACUGAUUCAUACAAUUGGUAGAAAGGUUCGGGUCUACGAUUCUUCUUUCCUUUUUCAACACUCCCCCAUUUCAUUUCAUCCAUCUCUCCAUGUGAUUUCCAAAUCAUCAUCAAAUUGGCAGAAAAACCACAUGCUUCUUCCUCCUAAUGUUUCGAUCGCCAUUUCCCUACCUAUAAGUUCCCACAAACCCUAUCUCCACUAAACUUAUCUAUACUUCAUCAUUAACUUCACCAGAAUUUCUCUUUAAUCAGCUGACCCAGAUUAGUAGAUUUAUAGAUUACGCACACACCCACCUUGUCUUCUAAGCUUAUAUUGGGGGAUCGAAUUCGCAAUUGGAGUUUAAAAUCGAGUUCAACACUUCUCUGUGAUCGGAUUGGUGCUAUUUAUUACUGGGUGUAAAUUAGAUACGACAAUAGGACAAGUGCGAGAUCGAUCUAGGUAUUACAGAGUCAACAUUUUUGGGUUGAAGAAAUUGAACAUACAGGGGUCAAGAUUUUGGAUCCAGUCGGAAGCGUAACAGCGCCAUUAGAUGGCGCUGUUCAAACGCUUCUUUUAUCGCAAGCCGCCGGAUCGCCUCCUUGAGAUCUCCGAGCGGGUUUACGUUUUUGAUUGCUGCUUCUCGAGCGAAGUACUGGAAGAAGAUGAAUACAAGAUGUACAUGGGUGGCAUUGUUGCAGAACUCCAAGACUACUAUCCCGAUUCAUCUUUCAUGGUUUUCAACUUCAGAGAAGGCGACAAAAGGACCCAAAUUUCAGACAUAUUAUCUCAAUACGACAUGACAGUAAUGGAGUACCCUAGACAAUAUGAAGGGUGCCCAAUGUUACCAUUAGAAAUGAUCCAUCACUUUCUUCGAUCCAGUGAAAGCUGGUUAUCAUUAGCAGGACAACAAAAUGUCCUCUUAAUGCAUUGUGAAAGAGGAGGGUGGCCUGUUCUUGCUUUUAUGCUUGCAGCUCUUCUUCUAUUUCGCAAACAAUACAAUGGUGAACAGAAGACUCUUGAUAUGCCUUCACAGUUGAGGUAUCUUCAGUAUAUAUCAAGGAGAAAUUUGGGUUCUGAUUGGCCACCUUCAGACACACCAUUAGCUUUGGAUUGUAUCAUACUUCGCGUUCUUCCCAUUUUUGGUGAAAAGGGUUGUCGACCUGUUGUCCGUGUAUAUGGUCAAGAUUCAUCUUCAACAACAGCCAAUAGAAGUUCUAAGCUUUUGUUUUCAUCUUCAAAAACCAAAAAACAAGCGCGUUAUUAUCAACCAGAAGAGUGUGAGCUUGUGAAGAUUGAUAUUCAUCAUCGUGUACAAGGUGAUGUUGUUCUUGAAUGCAUACAUUUGGAUCAUGUAAGAGAGGAAAUGAUGUUUAGAGUAAUGUUUCACACAACGUUUAUUCGAGGUAAUGUGCUUAUGUUGAGUCGCGAUGAAGUUGAUGUCAUGUGGGAUUCAAGAGACCAGAUGCCCAAGAACUUUAAAGCAGAGGUGAUUUUUUCGGAUGCUGAUGCUCUAUCAUCUAUGAUCAACACAGAAGGAGAAUUUGAAGAUGGGAGUGAGACAGAAAGUCCUACACCUGAAGAGUUUUAUGAUAUGGAAGAGAUUUUUAGUAAUGUAGUUGAUACACCAGAUGCAAAAGUGGAAUCUGAAUCUGAAUUUGAAUCUGAUACUCUUUUAACUAUAAAAGACAAUGAAUCGGAUGCUGAAAAUUAUGAUAUAGUGUUAAAGGAGGAAGCACAACCUGAUAAUAAGGUGAAAAAAGGGAAUGAUUUGGGGUAUGUAAAUGGUGGUUUGAAGCUUACAGAGGUGGUUGCUAAUGAAGUUGAAAUAAAAGAUAAAGAGGAAAGGGAAGAGAGUCCGGGGAAGAAGGGUAAAGAUGGAAGAAAAGUUUUGGGGAACUCAAAGCAAAAAGGAAAGCCACCGGAAGCUUCUGUGAAUUCAAGAAUUGCAAAAGCGAAUGUGGUGUCAAGGUGGAUUCCUCCUAAUAAAGGAUCGUAUACGAAUUCAUUGCAUGUGUCUUAUCCACCAACGAGGUAUAAUAGUGCGCCACCUGUCCUGGCAGAAUUGGGGGAGAAAAAAUCAGGUGAAGGUGCAGGGAAUAAAGCAGAGAAUGGAUCAAAGAAAGAUGUUAAAAUACAACGUGCUUCAAACAGCAAAAUGACCUUAAUGCAUUACCUCUGCAAGGUUCUUGCUGCCAAAUCACCUGCCCUUUUGGAUUUUCAUGUGGAUCUUGUUAGUCUCGAGGCUGCUACUAAGAUACAAUUGAAGUCUUUAGCAGAAGAAAUGCAGGCCAUUAUUAAGGGUCUGGAGAAGGUCAGACAAGAACUCGAUGCUUCUGCAAACGAUGGCCCUGUCUCUGAAGUUUUUCAUAAAACACUGAAUCAGUUUAUCAGCAUUGCUGAGUCGGAAGUGGGGUCCGUAACAAAUUUGUAUUCUGUGGUGGGUAGAAAUGCUGAUGCAUUGGCAUUAUAUUUUGGUGAAGAUCCUGCUCGUUGCCCUUUUGAACAAGUUACACAGACCCUUUUGAACUUUGUGAGGCUGUUUAGAAAAGCUCAUGAAGAAAACUAUAAACAAGCUGAACUAGAAAAGAAGAAAGCUCAGAAAGAGGUUGAAAUGGAGAGGGCAAAGGGUAUUAACUUAACAAAAAAAUAAUAAAUAUAAAAUUACAACAAGAAUAUAUAUAUAUAUAUGCAAAGCAUGUUGAUGAUACCCACUACCAACACACCUAGAAAGAAAGUCAAAGGGUGUUUGUUGACCAAAGGAACCUGAAAAGGGUAUGGUUGUCCAUGCACAUUCACAUACACAUACACAUACACCCACAGUUCCUGCAAAC